CUGAUCUCUGAUCCUCAUCAGUCCCGUCACUCUGCUGCUUCCUGUCUCAUCCAGUUUUAAGGACUCUGAUGGGACACAAAUCCAACAUCACCAGUCUGGGCUUCCAUCCGUCUGGAGACUUCCUGGCCUCCAGCUCCAUGGACACCAACAUCAAGCUGUGGGACGUGCGGAGGAAAGGAUACGUCUUCAGGUACAAGGGUCACACUCAGGCCGUGAGGAGUCUGGCCUUCAGUCCAGACGGGAAGUGGUUGGCUUCAGCCAGCGACGACUCCACCGUCAAGCUGUGGGACCUGAUUCAGGGGAAGACCAUCACAGAGUUUAAAUGUCACACUGCAGCCGUCAACAUCAUCCAGUUCCACCCCAACGAGUAUCUGCUGGCAUCAGGCAGCUCCGACAGGACCAUCAAGCUGUGGGAUCUGGAGAAGUUCUCCAUGAUCGGCUCGUUGGAGGACACCAGUCCAGUCAGGUCUGUGUUUUUCAGCUCUGACGGCAGCUGUCUGUACAGCGGGGCUUCAGACUCUCUGAGGGUCUUCGGCUGGGAGCCCGACCGCUGCUUCGACACGGUGCAGGUGGGCUGGGGGAGAGUCUCCGACCUGGCCGUCUGCAACCAGCAGCUGAUCGGCGUGUCCCACCAGCUGUCCAGCGUGUCCUCCUACGUGGUAGACCUGAAGCGGGUGAAGAAGAGCGGCGGCUCUUUGAUCCAGGGGAUUAUCCAGGACAACCAGCCGCUCACAGAGCCCAAGGAUCCUAAAGGAGCUGCGCUGCGCAGGAACUACGAGAGACCCACGACCACCUGCAGCUCCCAGAGGGUGAAGCAGAGCUCAGAAGCUGAUAGGCGGAGCCCCGAAGGAGAGAGGCGGAGCCCCAGUGAGGACGAGGCGGACGAGAAGGUGUCCUCCGCUGAGAUCCACAACGCAGAAGACUUCAAGGAGAUCUUCCAGCCCAAGAACGCCAUCUCUAGAACUCCUCCCAGGAUCUCAGAACCUUUCCCUGCUCCUCCAGAGGACGACUCUGUAUCAUUGAUCGGCCGUCAGCUGAAGGACAUGAUCUCUCCGUUUCCUGAGAAGCUGCAGGCUGUUCCGCUGGCCGCCUCCACCCCCGUCCAGAGGGUGGAGCCCACCGUGGUCUCCUCUGCAAAGCGUCCGGCGCCCUCCGACCCCCCCCGCCUCCGACCCUCCUCCUCCUCCUCUUCCUCCUCACCUCCUCAGCCUCCCUCCAUCACGGCCAGGUCUAGACCUCCAGCUAGAAUCAUCCUGAGCACCAGGAACGAGCCCAUCGGACUCAACGUGGCCGACUUCCUGCCUUCGUCUCCUAACAACCGAGCCGGAGCUCUGAGUGAUGACGAGGCUCUGACUCAGCUGAAGAAAGGUCACGACACCAUGUGUGUGAUGCUGCGCAGCCGCCACAAGAACCUGGAGACGGUCCGGUCCGUGUGGGCCAGAGAGGACAUCAAGAGCGCUCUGGACGCUGCUGUCUCCAUGAAUGACCUGUCUAUUGUUGUGGACAUCCUGAACAUCAUCAACCUUCAACCGUCUCUGUGGAAGCUGGAUCUGUGUCCAACGGUUCUUCCUCAGAUUGACCAGCUGCUGCACAGCAAAUAUGAGAGCUACAUCCAGACUGGCUGUACGUCUCUGAAGCUGAUCAUGAAACAUUUCUGGAUGCUGAUCUGUGACACGCUGAGGGCCACGCCGUCUGUCGGGGUGGACAUCACCAGAGAGGAGCGACACCAGAAGUGCAGAGCGUGCUGCAAGCAGCUGAAGAACCUGAGCAACAUGGUGAAGAACAAGGCGGCGCAGGUCGGUCGUCACGGCAGCGCCUUCAAAGAGCUGCAGCUGCUCAUGGCGCCGCUGGAAGAUUCACUGUGAGACACGCCGACGGCUCCUACCGGUGAUGGACGGACGUCGCUGGACGUAUCAGCUGAGCUGCAGCUGGACGGACUGAAGACUGAAGGACUGAGUUAAUACAAGUGUUAUUACGAUACGUUCAUCUUUCUGCUCUCCUGAAGGAACACACCGACACUUUGAGGAAAUCAGAGAAGAAGAACGACGUCCGCUCGCCGACGUCGUUCCGUCGUGCACGUCUACUGUUGGACAACUGGACUGGACAAAGAGCCUGGACGAUUUAGUGUCUCAGGUGAACGGUCCGUCCUCCCUGAGAGACAAAGACAACGGAUGCUGUCAGGACGCCACAGCCAGCAGCUGGUUAGCUUAGCUUAGCAUAAAGACUGGAAACAGGGGGAACAGCUAGCCGACCAAUAUCCACCAAUCAAAGUCCACCAAUCAGCACUUGAACAGCUCAGUGAUGACCUCAUUACACAGUAGAAGCUGGCGUCACUGUAACAUCUGUAUAAGGAUGAUUGAACAGAUGUGUUCAGAAGACUCCGUCAGUCCGUCACACAUUAUUCUGAUGAUGUUUCCUUUUCUACUGUUCAGACAUCCGACCUUCUGCUCUACAUGUUUAUUUAAAUAAAGUUAUAUAUGUUGAGACUAAAGACGAGUCUCUCUGUUGAA